ACCAUUACUCAAAUGGGCUAGUGGGCCCAAUACGCGGCUGUGAACGGCGAGUUUCGUACGUAGCUUGUAAGAAAAAAGCAAAAGGCACAGAAUACAGAACUUUCUUCAGUUAUUUUCCAGUUCCCAAACGCGUCGUUCUUCUCUACAGCCAUGGCAAGCCUUUAUAGGGGACCAUCUAGAAAGGAAAAGCCUAGGGGGAGGCAUCAUGGGUUGAAUCCACAGAAGAAACAAGAGAUUAAGGAAGCUUUUGAGUUAUUUGACACUGAUGGCUCAGGAACCAUCGAUGCUAAAGAGCUGAAUGUUGCCAUGAGGGCUCUUGGUUUUGAGAUGACAGAAGAGCAAAUAAAUCAAAUGAUUGCGGAUGUUGACAAGGAUGGAAGUGGUGCAAUUGAUUUUGAUGAAUUCGUGCACAUGAUGACAGCCAAAAUUGGAGAGAGGGACACAAAAGAGGAGCUCAAGAAAGCCUUCCAAAUCAUUGACCAAGAUAAGGAUGGGAAAAUAUCUGCCAUGGACAUUAAGCUCAUUGCGAAGGAUCUGGGUGAGAACUUCACUGAAGAUGAGAUAGAUGAUAUGAUUGAGGAAGCAGAUCGAGAUCGUGAGUCAGCUUAUGUUCAAACCUUUUGUAUAUCUUUUGCAGCUUAUAUUUCGCCAUUGACAUGCAAUUAUUGAAAUAUGUCUCCUGUGUAAUCAGAUCUCCAUUUUCGGAACUUGAUAUACAUAGGAAACUAAUACCUACUUCUUUAUUGUGAUUAUUUCAUAAAUGACGUGCUGAAUCUGGAUGCUUAUUUCUUACUCGCCAUUUUCUUUAUUUCUUUUCCUUUGGUGUGCUUAGUUGAUCCUAUUUUUUAUUGCUAAUAAUGGAAGAAUUGUUGUUGAAAUAUACAGAUGAUGGAGCAGUUAACCUCGACGAGUUUAUCAGGAUGAUGAAGAGAACAUCUUAUGGGUAUUAGAAUGCAAGUAUGUUAUCUUUGCCUGGUCGAGUGCAUAAUCGAUUUACACUAUUUUGGAUUAUAGUUAUUAUGUAAGUAGGAGGGCUUGAAUUUGGAUUGGCAUAAUGUAUCUUAUGACAUAUAAUUGUAUUAAUUGAAUCUGCUGUUUGUUUUC